UGCAGAGCCUGCAUGGUGUAGCAGAACAAGAGUCAGCUCACUGCUUCUCAUGCAACCAACUUAAUUGAAGGUGCUCCAGCCAUCUCAAUAAAAAUGUAGCUCUGGCUUUGAAGAUUCUUUCCAAUCCUCUGCUGCAGAAUACACUUGAGUUUACUGUAAACCUGUACAUGAGGAUCAAAAAUUCUGCUAAAGACUUCCCUGUGUUUCCAAAUCAUUGGACAGCUUUGCCUUUUCCCUUCAGUCUGACUUCCUGCAUCUUCUGUCUGGAUAACUGAGUCUGUUCAGCUCCAAAGGAGUGUCAUGACUGCAAAAGAAGCCAUUCACCUCAGCUGCGUGAUGGGGAUGUGACUUUGAACAUCUCAGAGUCAGGAGGCCUUUUUGCAGGAGCUGAGGUGGAAGGACUGCAAGUCACUGUGCCCGAGAAGAAGAAGGUGGCCAUGUUGUUUCAGCCUGCUCUGCUUCGCUGCCAUUUCUCUACUUCUUCCACCCAACCAGCUGUGGUACAGUGGAGGUAUAAAUCUUACUGCCAGGACCGGAUGGGAGAAGCACUGGGUAUGGUAACUUCUGGUUUACAAACGAUGAGCAAGAGGAACCUGGACUGGGAUCCCUACUUGGACUGUGUGGACAGCAGAAGGACGGUCCGUGUCGUGGCCUCUAAGCAAGGAUCUGCCGUCACUAUAGGGGACUUCUAUAAGGAAAGAGACGUCAGCAUUGUCCAUGAUGCAGACCUUCAGAUUGGGAAGUUGAUGUGGGGAGACAGUGGGCUCUAUUACUGCCUUAUUAUCACACCAGAUGAUGUGGAGGGCAAGAAUGAAGAAUCAGUGGAGCUGCUUGUACUUGGCAGGACAGGGCUGCUUGCUGAUCUCUUGCCCAGUUUUGCUGUGGAGAUUAUGCCAGAGUGGGUCUUUGUGGGCCUGGUGAUCCUGGGAGCGUUCCUGUUCUUCCUCCUGGUGGGGAUCUGCUGGUGCCAGUGCUGCCCUCACAGCUGCUGCUGUUAUGUCCGCUGCCCCUGCUGCCCCGAGUCCUGCUGCUGUCCCCGGGCGCUGUAUGUUGCAGGCAAAGCAGCAAAAGCAGGAUACCCUCCUGCGGUCUCCUCCAUCCCAGGUCCAUACUACAUCCCCAGUGUUCCUGUAGCUGGAGUCCCGUCUCCUGCUGUGCUGAUGGAUAAAUCACACCCACCUCCCUUGGCCCCAAGUGACGCUGGCGGAGGAAACCAAAAUGCAGUGCGCAAAGGGUACAGGAUCCAGACUGACAAGGAAAGGGACUCCAUGAAGGUGUUGUACUAUGUGGAGAAAGAACUGGCCCAGUUUGACCCAUCGAGGAGGAUGCGAGAGCGAUAUAACAACACUGUCUCUGAGCUGAGCUCUUUGCAUGAGGAUGAUUUGAACUUCAGGCAGCCCUACCGCCAGGCACGGAGGAAACCUCUGCCUCCUGCAGAAGACCUGGAUGGUGAUGCUGAGUACUGGGCAGGAGUCAUUGGUGGGGGCAGCACAUCGAGAUCACAGGCGAUCUCUGAUUACAGAGAUGAGAGGGACACUUUCCGGCACAGCCAGCAGAGAUCCAAGUCCGAGAUGUUGUCCCGCAAGAGUUUCUCUGUGGGAGUUCCAGCUGUCUCUAUGGAUGAGCUGGCAGCCUUUGCAGAGUCCUACAGCCAGCGGGCCCGGCGGGCAGACAGCCAGGAGACUCGGCGUUUUGAGCGGUCAGAGUCACGCAGUGGCCGUGGUGGAGGGCUGACCCAUCAGGAUAGCACCAUGGAUGAGUUCUACACGAAGCGCAGCAGGGGGAACCGAGAGCCACUGACGGACUCGGACCGGGGCUGGUCGUACAGCCCGCCCCGGAGACGGGCCCAUGAGGAGAAGCACCUGCCCAGGCUGGUGAGCCGGACACCUGGAGGGAGCCAGAAGUAUGAUCACUCCUACCUCAGCAGCGUCUUGGAGAGAAAGUCCCGGAGCUAUGAUGAAAGUGGAGACCAUUGUGAAACUCCCUCAAAGCUGAGCUCACAGCACAGCCAGAGAGGUGGGGGAACAUAUUAUGCCUGGUCACCACCUUCUACCUACAAAUCUGAUACAUCUCAGCAGCAGGAGUCACCACCACCUGAGCAGGAGGAAGGGGAGGACACCCUGCCUCCCUACAGCGAGAGGGAGCUGAGCCGAGGCCCUUCGUACCGGGCCAGGGAGCAGGCCUACCUCAACGCCUCUGACAAGAAGAGGAAAAAGGAUCCCAAGAAAACAAAUGAUUUCCCAACGAGAAUGUCCCUCGUGGUUUGAAGUCACUGUGGACAUGUCAUAGCAGUGGGCUGGAUACCAUGAUGUGAUUGCAGUGGAAAGGAUGCAGAGCAACAAGCAAACUGGGCCCCGGUGAACCUUUACAGACACUGGCCAGGGACUCUUUGUUCAAAAAUGGUUUGUUUCAUCAGGGCAGCAGGCUCCCAUGAACAGCACCCAAUCUCAGAGGCUUUGGAAGUCUGCCAGAAAAAUGAGUCCAGGGCUCUGUUUGGCCCCUUCCAUUCUGCACUGGAAGGCAGCCAUGUCCUUACAACCCCUGCAGUCCUGAACUAGGAGCAAGGCUGCCUUUGUGCCUCUUUCCCUAUCUCACGUGCAGAAAGAGGCCUGUGUGCGUACCUCAUGCUCCCUCUGUCUCCUCUGUUCACUGGAUCAAAAUCGUCUCCAUGCUUAGAGUCUAUUCUGUAUCAUCCCCACGCUGGGAGGAGGCCUUGUUCUUACAGCUGCAGACUGCCUCCAAGGCUCUAAAUUAUGAAAGAAAAUCUACAUCUUUUCAGACACCACAGAGCAGGACUGAUGAGGUGUUUCUUUGCAAGGGCUGAACAGAGAGAGAGAGACAAGUAUGGGCUGGUUUGUUCAAUAUAUUUAGUUAUGUUCAUUGUGUGCUGAGAGUUGCAAGUGAGAUUGAUGUAUUGUUUUGAAAGUGAAUCAAAGUAGCUUUUCUUGUGAUGAGAGCAUGAUGUGUUUUUCCUCCCAUCCCCAACUGUGAUUUGUUUUGAUAAAGUUGCAUUUUCUUGCAGCUGAGCUAUGACCUGUUAGAGCUUCAAGCUAGAAUAUCUACUCCACCAUAUCAUAAGCAGUGCUCCAACUUUGCUGGUGUUCUGCUCCCAGCGCCUCCAGACUUAGUGGCCUUUUUGUUUUAAAGAAGCAAAAGGGAAAAAGAUGCAGUGAGGAGGCUGCAGAUGUUUGUUUUGUGAAGUGGGACUGCUUCUCUCUGGUCACUGUUCCCAGGCACUGAACAAAGCAGUGACAGCAGUGGAAAAAGGAUUAACACUGGGUGAACACAAACCUUGAAAGACCCUUUUCAGUUACAGUCGUUUCUUUCACUACAGUUGUGACAUGAUUUUGGUGGCUCUUGUCUCAGGAACAGCUGAAUCUAGAAGUGAAUGCAUCACACCAUCUGGAAGCCGGCAUUCUGGUUUUUGUGGGGUAAAAUGCAGUCAUUUAUUUUUUAGCUGCUAAAAUUACAUGAAGAAAGAUAGCGGGAAUAAUUCAGGGUCUAGUAUCUUGCUUACCAUUAGGACUGGAAACAAGUGCAGCAUUCUAUUUUGUUACAGAUGUUGUCAGCCUCUGAAAUGUCAUCUCGUAACUUUGGGCAUUUGUUCGUUACCUGGCCUCAAAUUUAUGGGGUGCUCACUCUAGCAAUAUGUUUUUGAACACUGGAUCGAUAGGUUAACAUCACUGCAGUUCUCCAUAAAAGUUGCAGAUUCAUUUCUGUACAAGUCCUUUGUGGUAUUAGCUCACCAGGAGUGGUCGUGGGAGAGGAAGAGUACUCUCCACAGACUUGAUGCUGCUGUAGUUUUUUUUUAUGCUAGAAGAUGAAUGACACAAGGAUGGCUUUCUUUUCCACACUUUUCUUCCUGGCCAAAGAAAGAUUAGCCUGCAGGAACAUAUUAGACUUGGAUCUGCCUUGCAGUAUGGUUUGAGAAACUAAAUUUUAGGUACAUUUUGAUAUUAUUAUUAAUGUAUAUUCCUAGGAAAAUCACAGCUCAGUUAACAAAAGGCUGGCGGGUGCUUUCCAUCUGAGGUCUCUGAGGCCUUGAGAGAUCUACAGUGUUACUUGAUGUGCUGUUUAAAAUUAAACAUUUCACCCCUGACAUAUGAUAAUACUGUCAAGCAAAAAAUGUUAAUAUUUUGUUGGUCUGAAAAUCUUGGGAGGCCCUAUGCCAUGGAUUUUAGGGAAGUUUAACCUGCUGUCCUUCCCAUCAGACAUCCAACAGACCCAGGAAGCUUUUCACCAUGCAGAGAUGUGCAUCUGCAUUAAAUGUGCAUCUGCAACAGUGAUUGUGUCAGAAAUUGGCCCAUUAGCAACGUGUCUGUAUCAGCACCAAAUGGAUCAUCUGGAAAGUGAAAGGUGACGUAGAGUUGGGCUUCCAUCUCCAUAGCUGCACAACCCUAAUGACCUGUGACUCUUGGAUAAGCAACACGGAGGGAGCAGGAAGACAGAAGCUGGUAGGAGUCACUUGUUUCAGAAAAGAGUAAUGGUAGCUUUGUGCCUAGACCAAGUUUAAGAGCACCUGCAGGAUGCUGGUACUGGAAAAUAAUGAGCCUGAUUAUUGCAUUUAAUCUGACAGUGAUGGGAUCUCAAAUUAUAAAUUUUCCAGUGAUCAAGUUUUAUUGCUGGCAUAAAGUUUAAAUCCUUUUCAU